AGGGGCCGCGCGGCCCGAGGCGGCGGGGACGCGGGGACGCGGGGACGCGGCUUUGUGCUGGCGGGUCGCGGGGCGCCCAUGGCGGAGUGCGGCCGGGGGGGCGCCGCCGGCGGGGCCCUGCCCACCUCCCCGAGCCCGGCCCUCGGGGCCAAGGGCGCCCUGAAAGCCGGGGCCGGGGAAGGUGGCGGCGGUGGCGGCGGGCUCCACGGCCACGGGCGGGCGCGCUAUGACAGCGCCGGGGUUUCCAACGGAGACUGCAGCCUCGGCGUGUCCGGGGACGAAGCCCGAGCCAGCCCAGCCAGGGGCCCCCGAGGCGCCGCGCUCGCCCCAACCCCCGGCCCGGCCGCCUGCCCCCUCCCCCGGGAGAGCAAACCGGGCGGCCUGCCCCGGAGGAGCAGCAUCAUCAAGGAUGGUACAAAACAAAAAAGAGAGCGGAAAAAGACGGUCUCCUUCAGCAGCAUGCCCACAGAGAAGAAAAUCAGCAGUGCAAGUGAUUGUAUCAAUUCCAUGGUGGAGGGUUCCGAACUCAAAAAGGUCCGCUCCAACUCUAGAAUUUACCACAGGUAUUUUUUACUGGACGCCGACAUGCAGAGCCUGAGGUGGGAACCAUCCAAGAAGGAUUCUGAGAAAGCCAAGAUUGACAUUAAGUCCAUCAAGGAAGUGAGAACAGGAAAAAAUACGGACAUAUUCCGCAGCAACGGCAUUUCUGACCAGAUAUCUGAAGACUGUGCAUUUUCAGUCAUAUAUGGAGAGAAUUAUGAGUCACUCGAUUUGGUUGCCAACUCUGCAGAUGUUGCGAACAUCUGGGUCACGGGACUGCGGUACCUAAUUUCUUAUGGAAAACACACACUUGAUAUGUUAGAAAGUAGCCAAGACAACAUGAGGACUUCUUGGGUUUCACAAAUGUUUAGUGAAAUUGAUGUAGAUAACCUUGGACAUGUAACGCUGUGCAAUGCAGUGCAGUGUAUCAGAAACCUCAAUCCUGGUUUAAAAACUAGCAAAAUUGAGCUGAAGUUCAAAGAAUUGCACAAAUCCAAGGACAAAGCUGGUACUGAAGUCACAAAGGAGGAAUUUGUGGAGGUUUUCCAUGAGCUUUGUACUAGACCUGAAAUUUAUUUCCUUUUAGUCCAGUUCUCAAGCAAUAAAGAAUUCCUUGACACCAAGGACCUUAUGAUGUUUCUUGAGGCAGAGCAGGGUGUGGCACAUAUAAAUGAGGAAAUAAGCCUUGAAAUUAUUCACAAAUAUGAGCCAUCCAAAGAGGGUCAGGAAAAGGGCUGGCUUUCCAUAGACGGGUUCACUAAUUACCUGAUGUCAUCUGACUGUUAUAUAUUUGAUCCAGAGCAUAAGAAGGUCUGUCAGGAUAUGAAGCAGCCCUUGUCUCAUUAUUUUAUAAACUCAUCCCAUAACACAUAUUUAAUAGAGGAUCAGUUCCGGGGUCCCUCUGAUAUCACAGGGUACAUCCGAGCUCUUAAAAUGGGCUGCCGGAGUGUGGAAUUAGACGUAUGGGACGGGCCUGAUAACGAGCCUGUGAUUUACACGGGCCACACCAUGACCUCGCAGAUUGUUUUCCGCAGUGUCAUCGACAUUAUUAACAAGUACGCAUUCUUUGCUUCAGAGUACCCGCUCAUCCUGUGUUUGGAAAAUCACUGUUCUAUUAAACAACAGAAGGUCAUGGUUCAACACAUGAAGAAAAUUUUAGGAGACAAGCUCUACACAACAUCACCCAACGUUGAGGAAUCUUAUCUGCCAUCCCCAGAUGUCCUGAAAGGAAAGAUACUCAUUAAAGCAAAGAAGCUUUCCUCCAGUUGCUCUGGAGUAGAGGGAGAUGUUACCGACGAGGAUGAAGGGGCAGAGAUGUCCCAGAGGAUGGGCAAAGAGAAUGCAGAGCAGCCCAACCUCGUCCCCAUGAAGCGCUUCCAGCUCUGCAAAGAGCUGUCUGAGCUGGUGAGCAUCUGUAAGUCGGUGCAGUUCAAGGAGUUCCAGGUGUCCUUUCAGGCUCAGAAGUACUGGGAAGUCUGCUCAUUUAAUGAAGUGCUCGCCAGCAAAUACGCCAACGAGAACCCGGGGGACUUUGUCAAUUACAACAAGCGCUUUCUGGCCAGAGUUUUCCCCAGCCCGAUGAGAAUUGACUCCAGCAACAUGAACCCUCAAGAUUUUUGGAAAUGUGGUUGUCAGAUUGUGGCCAUGAACUUUCAGACCCCGGGACUGAUGAUGGAUCUGAACAUCGGCUGGUUCAAGCAGAACGGGAACUGUGGGUACGUGCUCCGGCCAGCCAUCAUGAGGGAGGAGGUCUCCUUCUUCAGUGCCAACACCAAAGACUCCGUCCCGGGAGUCUCACCCCAGCUCCUGCACAUCAAGAUCAUCAGCGGGCAGAACUUCCCCAAACCCAAAGGAUCAGGGGCCAAAGGCGAUGUGGUGGAUCCUUACGUCUAUGUCGAAAUCCAUGGGAUCCCAGCCGACUGUGCCGAACAGAGGACGAAAACAGUGCACCAGAAUGGAGAUGCCCCCAUCUUCGAUGAAAGCUUUGAGUUUCAGAUCAACCUGCCUGAACUGGCUAUGGUGCGCUUUGUGGUCCUGGACGACGACUACAUCGGGGACGAAUUUAUUGGCCAGUACACGAUUCCCUUUGAGUGUCUGCAGACGGGCUACCGUCAUGUGCCACUGCAGUCUCUGACCGGGGAGGUCCUGGCGCAUGCUUCUCUCUUUGUCCAUGUGGCCAUCACUAAUCGGAGAGGAGGUGGGAAGCCUCACAAGAGGGGCCUCUCUGUGAGGAAAGGCAAGAAGUCCAGGGAAUACGCGUCCUUGAGAACACUGUGGAUUAAAACCGUGGACGAGGUGUUUAAGAAUGCCCAGUCCCCAAUUCGGGAUGCCACAGACCUGAGGGAGAACAUGCAGAAUGCCGUCGUGUCUUUCAAGGAGCUGUGCGGCCUCUCCUCCGUGGCCAACCUCAUGCAGUGCAUGCUGGCGGUGUCUCCCCGCUUCCUGGGACCCGAUAACACGCCCCUGGUGGUCCUGAAUCUCAGCGAGCAGUACCCCACGAUGGAGUUGCAGGGAAUCGUGCCUGAGGUGCUGAAGAAGAUCGUGACGACUUACGACAUGAUGAUCCAGUCCCUCAAGGCAUUGAUUGAGAAUGCGGACGCAGUGUAUGAAAAGAUUGUGCACUGUCAGAAGGCAGCCAUGGAAUUCCAUGAACACUUGCACAGCAUAGGCACCAAGGAAGGCUUGAAGGAACGCAAACUGCAAAAAGCAGUGGAGAGCUUUACCUGGAAUAUUACCAUCUUAAAGGGACAAGCGGAUCUCUUGAAGUAUGCCAAGAAUGAGACUGUGGAGAACCUGAAGCAGAUCCACUAUGCGGCUGUUUCCUGUGGGCUCAAUAAACCGGGCACAGAAAAUGCCGACAUUCAGAAGCCACGCCGGAGCCUCGAAGUCAUACCUGAAAAAGCAAAUGAUGAAACUGGAGAAUGAGGGAGCUCUCUAGAGAUCAUUAUGGAGUUUAUAACUCCAGGACCAACUGUAGUCAGAUGGGACAUUUGCUUUGCACUCACUAAUGAAAAUAAUAUUGGAGAUUUUAAAGCACAACUGGAAUAGCUAUUGCAGUCUCUUAAAACUGUGAAUGUAUGUAGCAACCCUGCGUGUGGAGGCAAAUAAACUCUUUAACAAGAAACUAUAUUCCUGGCCCAAAUAUGCUAUAUUUGUAUACAAAAGCAUCAUAACUCGGUUCUAGUGUGAACAACGGAGUAGUCACUCUAGUUCCAUUGAGAAACAGACGACAUUUUCCUGUUUGAAAACAAUGUCUUAAAGAUGGAUUGUACUGUUUAAUUAGUAUUUAUUGGGGAAAAAUCUAAUCUACAACUUUUACUUAUGUAUGAUCACUGGGGUCUCUGGGGCAUAGAUGAUUUGGGGGGGGGGGGGGCGUGCCUGCUGAGCCAUGGUUACUGAGGAGACUGUAAGUAGCCAGACUCCCUGAACUUAGAGAGCUGUUGGGUUCAAGGGCGCUGUGGCUGGACAAAGGCUCCCAGCUGGAAACACCAGCUAGCGUGUAGACAAUGUAAAGCAACCUGGAAGCAACACACUGUACAUAAUUUUGCAUUGUAAGAAGUAGUGUUCACAUUAAAAAGAUGUUUUAUGAUA